CACUGCCACCGCCCCCGUUUCCUCUCUCAUUUUGCGCAAUUCUUUUGCUUGCGUUUCUGUUGCUUCGGAAGCUAUGAUACGAUCCUUUUUCUCCUCCGCGUCGGCCCAGUCGCUCCGCCAAUUACACUCGACCCUCUCGAACAGAACAUGUCCCUCGGCCUUUUCACGGUCGAUUUGGCACUUAAGCACAUCAGCAGCGAGGAUAUGGAGCCCCCUUUCAAAAUUGGCUAGUAACGCCGAAAGAACAUUGAGAUAUGGCCCAGGGAGCCAAAAUGUGCUAGGGCAAGUGCGGGGAAUGAAGACGCGGUCGUCCGUGAAAAGAUUAUGUGAUGGAUGCAAGCCCGUGAGAAGAAAGAACCGUGUCUAUAUCAUCUGCUCGAAGAACCCGAAGCAUAAGCAACGACAGGGAAAAUAAACAGGCGUGAUUUCAAUUGUAUUAUAUGACUAUUUUCGCCGUAUAAGGGCUACGCCAUCGAUACCGGUUCAUAAAAAAGGCAUGAUUUCGGCCGAUAUAAGCCAUGGCUAACGCCAAAUGGGCAUCUACUUUUGUUUUCGUCUCGCAUAUCACGGGGAUUCUGGGCGCUUGGUUGUUACGGUUCGAUUUCAGAAUACGAAACAUGUACUAUACUUGAUAUUUUCUGUGAUUUGCGGAUGGCUUUGGGUGUUGUGAGAACAUUUUACUCCGUACUCCGUGCAGUGUUGUUCGAACUCCAUCGAAAGACUGCGGGAUACCCUCGGGGCAGCAUUUAGACAUUCUCUGCGUUCUUCACUAGGGAAAUAUCACUCUUCAUCCCAUCACGAUAUAGCCAGGGCUUGCCUAUGAAGUCCGUAGUACGGAAUACAGACAAGUUAUUU